AUGAGCUGCUUGCCGUGUUUCGGGAAGAAGAAGGAUGGCAACGCCGAGGGAGGGGGCGACGAGCAGGCGGCGGCGGGGCCGAUGACGCCGCCUCCCGCCGUGCACUCGCCCGCGCCCUACCACGCCCCGGCUGCCGCCGCGCCCGUCGCCGUGGCAGCUCCGGCGAGCGUGACGCCGACCAAGCCGGCCGGCGAGAGCGACGCCAACCCGGAGGACGCGCUGCGGCAGGCCAUCGAGGUGAAGGCGUUCGCGUUCAGGGAGCUCGCGGCGGCCACCGACCACUUCACGCCGUACAACCUCGUCGGAGAAGGAGGCUUCUUCAGGGUGUACAAGGGCCAGCUAGAGAAGGAAGGGCAGGCCGUGGCCAUCAAGCAGAUGGACAAGCAUGGCUUCCAAGGCAACAUCGAGUUUCUGACCGAGGUCUCCAAGCUCAGCAAGCUUCACCACGAGAACCUCAUCGACAUCAUCGGCUACUGCGCCGACGGCGACCAGCGGCUCCUCGUCUACGAGCACAUGGACGGCGGCACCUUGGAAGACCACCUCUACGACUUGCCGCCGGAGAAGAAACCGAUGGACUGGACGACAAGGAUGAAGGUGGCCAACGGCGCCGCGCAGGGGCUGGAGUACCUGCACGAGAAAGCGGACCCGCCGGUGGUGUACGGCGACUUCAAGGCCUCCCAAAUCUUGCUCGACGCCAGCUUCACGCCCAAGCUCUCCGACUUCGGCCUCCAGCAGCUCGGCCAGUCCGGCGGUGGCAACAUGCCGAUGGCGUCGCCGAUGAUGGGCGCCUUCGGGUGCCUCGCGCCGGAGUACGACCGCGGCGGCCAGGUCAGCAUGAAGUCCGACGUGUACAGCUUCGGGGUGGUGCUGCUGCAGCUCAUCUCCGGCAGGCGGACCGUCGACACCAGCAAGCCCGUCGAGGAGCAGAACGUCGUCACCUGGGCACAACCGAAGUUCAAAGACCAGAAGAGAUAUCAUGAGCUGGUGGACCCGCUUAUCAAGAGGGAGUACCCGGCCAAAGCGUUGAACCAAGUGGUGGCCAUGGCUUCCAUGUGCUUGCAAGAAGAGGACUGCGUCCGGCCAAUGAUGGGCGAUGUCGUCAUGACGCUAGGCUUCCUCAUGAUGCUGCCGCCGGAUCCGCCCGCCCCAGAGCCAGAGCCAGCCCCCGAGCCGGCACCCAAAAAGGACGACGAAUCGCGUCGCUCUGGAAGCUCGUCGUCUUCUUCGGAUGACGAGGACGGCGGCGAGGGCGAGGAGGAAGAAGAAGAGCAGAGUUAAGGAUAAAUUAAUUGUUCCGGGAUCGGUUUUGGGGAAAUGGUAAUAAUAUGCUUCAGAAUUUUAAUGUCAAAGAACCAUGUAGACCAUGUGGUUUGUUUGAUGUGUCUGAUGUGUAAGUAGUUCUAUAGAUGAAUUGAUUUUGGGGGUGGUUCAGGAAA